AUGCCAAACACCUUAAUCGUGCUACCGCGCCCGGGUGCGACUAUUUCCGGUAAGGCACGGUCUAUCCAAGCUCCAUCCGAAGCUGCCUUCGUCGCAACUUUUGGGAGUCUGCUACCUGCAGCAUCUUAUAUGCAAACCACCCACGGCAGAGCCGCAUAUUAUGAGCUGUCCCCUUCAUCUUCCGUACCUGCAGAUUGCAAGAAGCCAAUCACUCGCGUGAUUUUCGUGCACGGUGUCCAGACACCUGCGAUCGGCCUGCAGCCGUUGGCAAGCACCUUGUCUUCGCGUUUCCCAUAUGCUCAAUGUGUACUUGUUGAUCUGUGGGGCCACGGUCUUACGGAGACACCGGUUGUGCCUCACGAUGCAACCCUCUUUCAUUCAUUGCUAGAGGCAUUGUUGGGGCAUCUUGGAUGGGAUAAUGCUCAUUUCGUGGGUUAUUCGUUUGGUGGGUCGACAACGGCCUCUUUCGCGGCUGCCUACCCCGAACGGGUAGCGUCCAUGGCGCUUGUUGCACCUGCUGGUCUACUCCGCUCUGCGCAAUUUGACGACGUGGAGAAAAGUUACUUGCGUGGUGGCGAGGGAGUAGAGGACAACGCCCAAGAGUGGAUCAUGGAGUGGCUUAACGGAGGGAAAUUAGUUGUUCCCUCGGAUUGGAAGGAGAGGGUUCAACGAGGUGAAGUAGUCGCUGAGGCAGUUCGCAAUUGGCAAAUGAAGGAGCAUGAAGGGCAUCCUGCGAGUGUAGUGGGUAUCUUCAGAGAUGGUGGGGCUCUGGAUAAACAUGCCGACUUUGCUGAGGCGGCAAAGAAGGAUAUUCGGAAUCUAUGUGUCCUAGGAGAACUAGAUGACAUAUGCAGCAUGCAGGACUUGAACAGCAUUGGGAUGCACAAUGUACAUGUCGUUCCACAGGUGGGCCAUGGAGUUGUUAGACAGGAGGUGGCAGAGGUUGCUCGACUCAUCGAGGAGUUCUGGAACAACCUAUAA